GUUACGGACUAGACGAAAACGAAUCCUUUCCGGCACUCAUUCAGCAGCGAUUGGAUAGUCUAAAAAUGCCAUACACCGCCAUCAAUGCUGGUCUCAGUGGUGAGACAACUUCAGGUGGAAAAAACAGAAUCGAUUGGGUACUCAAACAAAAAGUAGAUGUAUUUGUCCUGGAGCUUGGCGCCAAUGACGUGCUUCGCGGUCUCGAUCUCAAAGAAACAGAAAGUAAUCUUAGAGCCAUCUUAGAUAAAGUCAAAGCUUCAAAUCCUGAUGUA